AUGGAUUUUGGGGAUGGCAAUAUGAAGGGUACUCGGGAUUUCUCAAAAGAACAAAUGGCUAUAAGAAAGAAAGCCUUUUCAAUUAUAGAAGAUGGUGGGGAGCUUUGUGACUUAAUUGUUCCUUUUGCUAGAUUUGUGGCUAUGAAUGGCAUAACAUCCUUCAUAGCAAAGGUUUGCAGAAGAGACAACCCAUCUAAAGGAAGAUAUCAUGAAUUUUAUCAAUGUGAUUUUGAUAUUGCUGGUCAAUUGAAAGAAUGGGGCCAGAUUUUGACCGAAUUACUGGAUGAACUGGAAAUCGAAAAAUAUGAGAUAAAAUUGAAUCAUUUGAAGUUACUAGAUGGAAUGUUAGAAAUUUGUGGAGUUCCCCCCGGCAAGUUUAGAACUAUUUGUUCAAGCAUUGACAAGUUAGACAAGCAACCUUUUGACCAGAUUAAGACAGAAAUAUUCAUAUAUGAUGUUACGAUCGGAAAGUCAUUGUUCAGGCUUAAGUUUGAUUUUAUAGAUGUGUUAGUCACUUCGUGUUUUCAUGUUUUAUCAAAAAAUAGCAUUUUGAAAAGAUAUGGUGAGGGUGGCGAGAUUGUCACUUUAAAUAAGGUAUAA